AUUUUACCUGAAUUCCCAGAAGAGAGAGAGAGAGAGGAGAUUUCUCGAAUUCAUUUGAUUGUAUAAAUAAAAGAUCGGAUGGAUGAAAGAGAUUGAGAAGAGAUGGCUGCUGAAAUCAAGGGGAACAUUUUGAAGGUGAAAUCCAGUCACCAGAACAGAGAAGAUUAUUCUUCUUCUAAAGAGAAGGGGGUCUUAUCUCCAAAAAACAAUAACAACUACAACAAGAGAUUGAUAGAGAGUUCCUCGAAUAAAAACAAGCUGAUUCUCAAUUCCCAGCAUAAAUCUGUACCCAACCUUUCAAAAUCAGAGGUAAAAGAGAAAACAAUUUCAAUUUCUUCCAAAACCAUCACCAAAACUGUGACUGUUAAAGGGAAGAAGACAGAGAAGAAGGUUUACACAUUGGCCGGACAGAAAUACGAUCCUCCUGAAGAGAGAGAACCCUUGAGGAUUUUCUAUGAAUCAUUAUCAAAACAAAUACCCUCGAGCGAAAUGGCAGAAUUUUGGAUGAUGGAGCAUGGGCUGCUCUCGCCUGAGAGAUCAAAGAGAGCAUACGAGAGAAAGCAAAAGAGGCAGCAGCAAUUGAGGAUGGGCACUCCGAUCAAAUCUUCAAAAACAGACAGACCGGAGAGCUCACAAAGACAACAGUCCUGGAAGAAUGGGGACCUCAAAGCCAAGAAGAGAAUGAGCUACAGCGAUGACGACGAUGACUUCAUUCAGAAACCCAAGAAAAGGUAAAGGGUGAGCUAAUAUAUUUCUGCAAGAGAAAAAAAAAAGGUCAGUUCACACUCCUAACUUCAAACUGCUGAGAUUGCUUUUCCAAUUAGACAUCCAAACACGCCACAUCAGACAUUCUUUGUAUACUCUAAUUUACCUUAAUAAGCAAACUCUUUUGUCAAAUCUUGUGUAUGUCAUAUGUCGAGUGAAGUUGUUGAAUUAAAAAAUGGAGUUAUUUAGUUUGGCUGUUAAAUUAGUGGGUCCCAUCUUUUGGCAAUCCAGACUGUUCAUCUGGUGGCCCCUGUCAUGGAUGGAUCAUCCCCCAACAGUUCCCCAUGCAAAAAUGGUCACAAUACAAUUGUGUUACUUGUUUCUGUUUGAAUGAUGACUGUCAUCUAAAUCAUCCAUUUUCAGGACACUGAGCAGUCAGUUAGGAUCACUGAUUUGAAGGGAUGCUUUGUGGCAUGACCAAUCCAUGGAGGCACCCACUCGCUGAACAUUUUUUUUUUUUUAUCACUGAAAGAUGGGGAGUUGUAGGGUUGAAAAAAAUGGUUUCUUUGGGUUGAACUUGUGUAAUACAUUUCUUUUUUAUUAAAGAAAAGAUUUAAUAAAUUUCA